CGCAUUGAAACGUUCAACAGUAACUGCUGUUUGCUGCUUGCGUCCGCUUGUUCAACAACAACAAAAAACCCACACAAGGAGCAACGGAAUAUUUUCUCUUCUAUUGGCUUCUCUGAUUCUGUAUUUCGAAAAUGAGUGUGGGGGAACCCUCAAGACCCACUGGAAGAAGCUAGCUAUUGUGGGCGCCGUUCUGGGCGUUGGAAUUUGCGUGAUUUUAGGGGUGACGUUGUCUGGUGAUGUAGAAAAACCUGCGGAUGCUGAAAUCGCAGAGGGAGGCAGCGCUGGAGCACAGCAUGGCGAUGGAGGUCAUGGUACCGCUGGCGCACAACAGGACGUUGUGUCAAAUAACAACCCGUUUAAAGAUGUUCCGCACAUCGAGGCAGUGAAGGUCUUGACGACGAAGAGUAACUACCAAUCUAACCUGUUCAUGCAGUUAAAAGAAAAUCCAGACAUGGAAAUAACGUAUGAUGAGAAAGAAUACAUCGUAUACUUACUCAAUUCAAACGCAGGAGGUCAGUUGUUGAAGAAUUGUUUUGACAGAGCAGCUACCGAAGAUCGAAACAGGCCAUUCCUCGUUACCCCGACGGCUACUGCGAAACUUUACGAGGAUGCCAGGGCGUCAAAAACGUUGCCUAACCGAGUUCUAAUGGGCGAGAAUCUUCUUGGAAUUUGUGAUAUCGUAGCUCCCGCGAGUUGUUCUUACUUCACGAUUUUGUCCGAUCCAAUUGAAAGAAUCGUAUCCACCUACGUCCAGGCGCUGAGUAGUGGUGUUCUACAGGAAGGAGAGAGCAUCAAAAACUGGGCUUUCCGACAAAGGGACUACUUUCUGAAUCAGCUACUUCAAACCGCUGAAUCUUGCAGUGAGCCAAACGGUGAUGGGGCUGCGGAAGUUGAAAUUGCAAUUCAGAGUCAUCCGGACGAGUCCCUGGAUGUCGCGUUGAUAGGCAUCACAGAGUGGUUCAAACUAGUGUGCAAUAGCGCGGACAUGACGGGAUGUCUCAGAGCACUACAGUUGGCGUACGGAUUGGACUUGUCGGUAUGUAUUGACGACUUCGCGGGACUGAAACCCGCUGGUAAGGACAUGGACCCAGCACUCGCUCAGUUGUUAGAGGAUCAAACCACUGACGGCGACUACAAAGGAAAAACCCCGUUGGAGAAACUCAAGAACAAACUGCAACAGGACGAGGAAAUAUCAGAUGUCAUGCAUGCUGACUCACAGUGUUACCAAAAAGUUGUGCAAACGGCCAGGAUUGAAGACGAAGAAGUCGACAAGAGGAGACGAAAAUAAAAACCAAACCGCAAGUCGUGCAGUAGAUAAUGGGGUAGCAACAUUAUCUGAAAAUAAGUUUUACCCGCCGACAGUUGUAUUAACAUCAUAUAUCGAUGAGGCACCCCAGCGGUUGCAAUCACCCGUAUCUGACAUCUCUUCAAUAGUCAGCUCCUUUCUGUUAAUUAUAUUCUGGGUAUAUAUAGGAUCCUGGGGGCAUAAUGGAAUCUUACUAAAAAAUAAGUGAGACUUGCAAGUAGAGUCGGGUAUCGGCUGGUGAUGAUAGGUGGUAUAUGUAUAUUGAAAUUAGGGCAAAUCACAUUAAUAUGAGGUUAUUACGAGGAUACCGAAAUGUAUGCACGAAGACAGUACAGCGAAAGUAUCGACUGACGCGCAGCGGAGGUCGAUGCGACGGCGUACUGUCUGAGUGAGUACUGAGUGAGUAUAUCUUGUCCUCCCAAGGAUACAUCACGGGAAUGCCGAAGUACAAAAAAUUUAAAAUAGAUUGAGCGAACUUCUUUGUAUGGGGUCCUGGGGGCUGCCAUGUUUGUUUUUAUUAUUAGAGGACGCUUACGCGCGUAUUCGUUCCGUAUUUCGCAUUUCCUAAUAUGGUAGGAUGAAAAUACAGAGCGCAAUAUCGCAAUACCGUACGCUGUAACUUAUAGCGUAUGAUAUAAUGUAUAUGGUUUGAAUUAGCCUGUUAUUUGUUCGUAUGUUAUUCACGAAUACCGUGGAGGGUUCAUUGUUAGGGUCGCCGUAUAACAUCACAAUCAAUGAUUACGUUAAAAGCGGUGUUGGCAUUGGUGGUGCUGGCAGUGGUGUAGGCAGUAGUCACGUGGUGAGAGGAUAUCGUUGAUCAACUCAGAUCUAGAGCAGCCUGCAAAAUCACUCUUCGCUUGUUCAAUUUGAAAUUCAGAUUUGUAGAUAGUAGUUUCUGUUGAGGUGGUGGACGAGUUGGGUUGGAGUGGGGUGAAUAGCACUAAUUUAAUAAUUGUCUUAUCCAAUGUAGGAUGUCGCGAUGGCCGCCAGACCCAAGAAUGCUUAUCAAUUCAAUUGGUGAAUGGAUGUUGGUUAUUGCAUAGGGCAAUUUGGCUUCAUAGUACAUCAGUUUUGGUGCGUAGGCAAAGAUUGGUGGGGGCGGAGAAACGGGGUAUUCCGGUGCUUGGAUGGGUGAAGGGUUGAGUUUGAUAAGAAAACUAAACGCUCGACGUAGACGUGUAUUGAGAAUCAAAUAUGUGACACCUCUGUGUAGCAUGGGUGACAGAGCCUUAUAUAAUCCUAUAUUUGACCUGCGAUUGUACUUAAAUUUACAUAACAUUUACUCUCGUUUUAUUUAUCUGUUUUCUCUGUAUCUUACGUGUAGCAUGUAACUGUACUCCUAAUUUAAUUUGAUAUGUCUCUUCCGUCCUGAUUUCUUUCCCCUGUCAAGAUUGCAACACUGUUUCUACUUUUUGAUUGUCGCCGCGCAGCGUCGGACGAAAUGAUGUAUGUAACGAGUAAGCAUGAGACUGUCAUUAACUUGAAAGUUCGGCUUAGCUGUUGUUAAAAAAUGUUAGUCAUAUUAUUUUUUGUGUUCUUACUGGUAUAUUUAAAUAUAGUUUGUUUAAUAACUAACGAUGCCUGGUGAAGGAACAGUUCUUUUCAACAUAAAGACAUAUGUUGUCGAAAUUGACGACGUUGUCCGGAAAUCUCACAUGAACCUGUGAACUCUUGACAAUCUCGUUAGCAUUUUUGUUUCAAACAACACAUUUAGUUUUUCAGGGUAAAACAUUAUCUUACCGGAAUAUCAAAGCCUGAAUAUUUCAAUCGUACCAUGUAGACGACGGGAAGCAUUGUUGCAGGAAAUUAUAAAAAAAAUGUGCAUUUGCAAUUUAAUCACUCAAAUUAGUAACAUAUAACAUAGAGUAGAAUCGGGGAAUUCUAUUUGGGGUUGCGAGCAAUACAGAUCAAGGCAUGUUGUGGGAAGCAAUUUUAAACCCUGUAAAUUUUAAAUAAAAUUGUAAUUUGUAACAUAAUAUUUAGUGUAAACUAUGUGUAUAUACGCAUUUGAACCAUUAUAUGGAAAUAAUUUAUUUUGUCAUAGAAAUAUUGUAAUAUUUAACAUGGACGGGAAUGUAUAAUAAACUUAUUGAAAUUUGUCGGUGACUGGAAUGGACGUUAUUGGUGAUUUCUUACAUUGGUUUAUGCUUAUUUUUUCUUCUCUCAAAGAUAGUAUGUAUUUUCUUUUGGGUGAUAGAAUAAAGCAUGGGAUAAAAUCGGG